UUCCUCCUCCUCCCGGCGCUCCUCUGGCGGCCGCUCCCGCUCCAGCUGCGGCGCCGAGGCCACAUCUGGGGCGCCCAUGUGCACUCGGGGGUUCGGCUGCGCCCGCCCCGCCGCCGCCCCCGCAGCACCCUGCCCUCAGGGUGGCCCCUGGUCUGGCCUGGGUCCCGGGCAGUCCCGGGUCCCUAUCGCCGCCGCCGCCGGGCAGCGCCGGGGUUUGCUCCGCAGCUGGCUUGGACGCCCCCGGCCCCGCGGUGGCUCCGCUGUGGUGCGGCGGCGGCGGCGGCUCCUGCUCCCCAGGCCCCGUGCGUCCCGCCGCGCCCAGCGCCAGCCCUGCGGGCCCGGGGAGCGCGGCCCCGGCGGGGGCCGAGGCGGGAGCCGCGCUGCCGGACUCCCGGGCUCCGACUCCUCCUCCCCCGGCGCCACCGCCACCGCCGCCCGCCGUGCCGGGUCCUAAAGCCGCGCGUCUCAAGAGGAUGGUACGCCUGGCUGCCGAACUGCUACUGCUGCUGGGGUUGCUGCUACUCACGCUUCACAUCACGGUCCUGCGUGGUUCAGGAGCCGCUGACGGGCCGGACGCGGGCGCGGGCAACUCCACCCAGUCUCAGCUACAGAAUAACUUUAACUUAGAGAGUGACUCCACAUCAGAAACCAGCUUUCCUCUCUCCAAAGAAGCACCAGGGGGGCAUCUGGACCACCAGGCUGCACAUCAACCCUUUCCCAGACAGCGAUUCCCACAAGAGUCUGGACACCCUUCAUUGCAAAGAGAUGGCCCCAGAUCCUUUCUCCUGGAUCUACCAAACUUUCCAGAUCUUUCCAAAGCUGAUAUCAAUGGGCAGAAUCCAAAUAUUCAGGUCACCAUAGAGGUGGUCGACGGUCCUGACUCUGAAGCAGAUAAAGAUCAGCAUCCGGAGAAUAAGCCCAGCUGGUCAGUCCCAUCCCCUGACUGGCGAGCCUGGUGGCAGAGGUCCUUGUCCUUGGCAAGGGCAAACAGCGGAGACCAAGACUACAAAUACGACAGUACAUCAGAUGACAGCAACUUCCUCAACCCCCCCAGGGGAUGGGACCGUCCAGCCCCAGGCCACCGGACUUUUGAAACCAAAGAACAGCCAGAAUAUGAUUCCACAGAUGGUGAGGGUGACUGGAGUCUCUGGUCUGUCUGCAGUGUCACCUGUGGGAAUGGCAACCAGAAACGGACUCGGUCCUGUGGCUAUGCGUGUACUGCAACAGAAUCUAGGACCUGUGACCAUCCAAACUGCCCUGGAAUCGAAGAUACUUUCAGGACAGCAGCCACUGAAGUGAGUCUGCUUGCGGGAAAUGAGGAGUUCAAUGCUACCAAGCUGUUUGAAGUUGACACAGACAGCUGUGAGCGAUGGAUGACCUGCAAAAGUGAGUUCUUAAAGAAAUACAUGCACAAGGUGAUCAAUGACCUGCCCAGCUGCCCCUGCUCCUACCCCACAGAGGUGGCAUACAGUACUGCUGACAUCUUUGACCGUAUCAAACGCAAGGAUUUCCGCUGGAAGGAUGCCAGCGGGCCCAAGGAGAAGCUGGAAAUCUACAAGCCCACAGCCCGGUACUGCAUCCGCUCCAUGUUAUCCCUGGAGAGCACCACACUGGCUGCUCAGCACUGUUGCUAUGGUGACAACAUGCAGCUCAUCACCAGGGGCAAAGGAGCUGGGACACCCAACCUCAUCAGCACCGAGUUCUCUGCGGAGCUCCACUACAAAGUGGACGUCCUGCCCUGGAUCAUCUGUAAGGGUGACUGGAGUAGAUAUAACGAGGCCCGACCCCCCAACAAUGGGCAGAAGUGUACAGAGAGCCCUUCGGAUGAGGACUACAUCAAACAGUUCCAAGAGGCCAGGGAGUAUUAAUGAGACUGAUAUGGGGUGGAGAAAAGCCGCUUCUGCUUUGGGAACACAAUCACAUUGCACUGA